AUGUGCUAUGGAUCCAGCCGCUUUGGCCCUGGGAGUACUGCCUUGCUCGGCGGCGCCGUCCAGGCCUACCGGACAACGCAGCGGAAGUUCAAAGUCUUUCGCCACGCUUCGAGAGAAGUGUCGCGACUGCGCAAACACCUUGAGCGACAGCAGCAGUUCUUCGCCAAUGAGUGCCAUCUUCUCCUGAGGUCGGUCCUCUCUGAUGAGGAUGGCAUCCACAGGAUGCUGGAUGACCAGCACCUGCCCGAAUGGCAAAGCAGCAGCCUCGAAUUGAGCCUCUCCGCGCAUUUGAUGAAGAAUCAAUCGGUUUGCCAAGAUAUUCUCACGGAAAUAUCGGCCGUAAUUGAGGAACUGCAAAAGGAGCUUAGUUCUUUCGAUGAGCUUGUACUAGAUCGACUCGAGCUGCGGCUUCUUCGUCAACAAUCCAACGAGCUACAGAAGCCUGAAGGUCCGGACUUGACUGCUUCAAAGAAGCAGCUCAUUCGCGAGUGCACCGAAAUUCGAUCAAUCAAGAAAGCAUCCAAGGCUCUUCACGAUGCCUUUUCCGCUGCUUGUAGCAUUAUUUUUAUCCGCGGGUUGCAAGGCCACCCUAGGAAAAUAUGGCUAUACGAAAAGAAGUCAUGGGCACAACGCCUAAAUCUCAGUUCCUCUCCGGCGCCUAGCUGCUACUGGCCAUCCGAACUGCUAUCCAUCGACUUUUCGGACUGCCGCGUUUUGACAUAUGGGUACGACAGCAAAGUCUGCCGCUUCUCCCGUGGAGCAGCCAACCAGAUGGAUAUCCUCGGACACGCUACUACCUUCCUGUCGCUCCUUGAUGACGUUCGUGAUGCCGCCCUGUCCCGCCCCAUCAUUUUCAUCGGUCAUGGCGUCGGCGGGUUACUAGUUAAGGCUAUCCUACGAGAAUCUUCGCGAGUGAAGCAUCCUUUGUACAAGGCCACGGCGGGGACAAUAUUUCUUGGGACUCCACAUCGCGGCAGCCCCUGGUACCCUAAACUUGGGAGGGUUAUUCUAUCAGCUGCGAGGACCAUGCAGUUCGACACCAGCCAGUCCAUCCUGAGAGACUUGGAUGUCAACGCCUCCAUCCUGCAAGUUCUCAACGAAAGCUUCGGUGAUGCCUACUGCGACCUUAACUUUCAUUUGACAGUAAAAGCUACGAAGAUUCCACCGUCUGGGGUCUAUUGCGAUGACGGGCCAAAUGUCAUAGUUUGCAUGGUUCCGCAUUUCCUACAACACGGUAAUUAUAAUGGCAGUAUCGGGCCCGCCAUGGCUGAAAACGCCUUCGUCACCUGUGUUCCUUACCUGAUGCUUGAGGGCCGUAACGGUGACGAGUCCUAG